UCUUGACCAACACAGAGCCAUGGCUGGUUUCUCUUGGUCUCUGUUGUUCACUGCGCUAACCAUGAUCGCAAACGCUAAGUAUGCUGCAGGUCUAGCAAGUUUCCAGCCUACUCUUUGGUCUUUCGCCUACGCCACAUUUUACGGCGAUGGAACCGCAUCAAAUGACAUGGGUGGAGCUUGUGGAUACGGGAACCUUUAUACCAAUGGCUACGGUACUGAUACUGCAGCACUGAGCUCGACUUUGUUUAAAAACGGGUUUGCAUGCGGAACUUGUUAUCAAAUCCGGUGCAUCGGAUCAAAGGCAUGCUAUCGGGGGUACCCGAUAGCCACCGUGACCGCUACCAACCUCUGCCCCCCGAAUUGGUCUAAGGACUCGAAUAAUGGUGGGUGGUGCAAUCCGCCAAGGACACACUUCGACAUGUCGAAGCCCGCUUUUAUGAAGAUUGCUUAUUGGAAGGCUGGUAUCGUGCCGGUCAUGUAUCGCCGGGUUCCUUGCGUAAAAAAGAGCGGAAUACGAUUCACUUUCCAAGGGAAUGGAUACUGGCUUCUAGCGUACGUGAUGAACGUAGGCGGAGGUGGGGACAUCGCCGGCAUGUGGGUCAGAGGAAGCAGGAGCGGGUGGAUCAGGAUGAGCCACAAUUGGGGCGCAUCGUAUCAGGCCUUCGCAAGCCUCGGCGGCCAAUCCCUCUCCUUCUUGAUCACCUCUUACACCACCAAGCAAUCAAUCAUCGCGUGGAAUGUUGCCCCGAGUAAUUGGAACGUUGGGUUGACGUAUCAAGCCUCUGUGAACUUUCAUUAGUAUAAAGCUGCAGGAGGCGAUGAGAAGCUGUACGAAAAUUUUGCCUUUUUUUUUCUUCCCAUCCAGUUUGUUUUUGUUGCUUACAUAUAUAUAUAUGUAUAUCUUGAAGAUGUUUAUUGGGGUUAAUUA